GGAGGCUGCCACUACCGGAGCACCAGCACAAGCAGCGGAACGACCCUUUUGUGCUUCAUCGACCGACGCGCAUCCUUCUGCGACGAAACCACCGUCACACAUCCAGAGGAAAACGCUGAGUGAAGCACAAUGGGACCGUUCCAAGAAUAUGAGGAAAAGAAGUCGCCGGAGAAAGGAAGCCCCCGCAGCCGCAUCCCACGUUUGGUUCUCCAUCCCUUCCGACCAAAGGACAAAGGUUCGCCUCUGUCUGAUUUGCAGUUUUCAGAGGAGGAGGGGAAGGAGUGUGACAUCAGCUCAGACCACUCCAAAAGGACCAUCAGCACCAACAGCUUUUGCUCUGAUGACACCGGCUGCCCCACUAGUCAGUCUGUGUCCCCCUCCAAAACCCCGUCAGGCUCAGAGCAGAGUGCCCACGGCUCGCCGAAGCUGCCCGAGCGCAAGACCAAAGUGAAGAGGGUGAGGGUGAUGGCCGAGUGGAGCGGCGAACCACGGAGCGCCCUGAGGCACAAGAGGGAGCUGAGGUCGGCCAUGAAAGCCAGAGGUAGUGAGGCUGACUUCAGCUCCUCCAGCAGCACAGGCAGUCUGAAGACCAGGGAGGGCCUCGCCUCCAUUUCAGCUGGAAAGAGAGCUCCUUCACGCAGUCGCGUCUCCCACAUCAGACCGCUCCCAGUGUUCAAACCACCCGGGAGCCCUACAGCCAACCGCAAUGCAGAACUCUACGCUCCCUACAGGACUCCACCCAGACCUGCCUCCUCAACCAGCAGCUGCAACUCCAGCCCCACCUCCAGAAGAGCGAACCCGGGCCGCUUCCACUCCUGCGGGGACAACCAUGGCAUCAGACCCCCGAACCCUGAGCAGUAUCUCACCCCUCUACAGCAGAAGGAAGUGGCCAUCAGACACCUGAAGACCAAACUGAUGGAGUCUGAGAACACAGUCUGUGACAGAGAGACGGAGGUCGGGGAGCUUAAGUCCCAGCUCGGCAGAAUGAGGGAAGACUGGAUUGAAGAGGAGUGUCACCGGGUGGAGGCUCAGCUGUCCCUCAAAGAGGCUCGCAAAGAGAUCAAGCAGCUGCGCCAGGUGGUGGAAACGAUGAAGAGCGGCCUGCUGGAGAAGGAUAAGGGAAUACAGAAGUAUUUCAUCGACAUCAAUAUCCAAAACAGGAAGUUGGAGUCCCUGCUGCAAAGCAUGGAGCUUGCCCAGAGCGGCGUCAGCCUCCAGGACGACAACUCCUUGGACUUCAUCUGCGACAGCCCCAGCAGCUGCAGGAAGAAGCUGGUGGGGGAGGAGGAGGGUGGAAUGGAGCUGGGUAACCUGGGGGCGGAGGCAUUGGCGGAUAGCGGGCUGCUGGUAAACGAUGAGAUGGCCAACAGGGCGGACAUUUUGGAGCAGGUCUUCAUGUCUACUGCGGUGGAUUUUAGUCAGGACUGUAGUGGCAAGCUGAGUGCGGGGACGGAGUCUGGGCCUGGGGUGUCUGCACUGUCAGAAGAGGGACAGUUGAUCGAUGACUCUACUGCACCCCCAAUGGCUCUACCAAACGUAGCUUUCACCACCAUCGACAUCUCCUCGAGCGCACUCUCCCAGCAGAACACGGAAGAUAAAGGAAUCCAGACUGACACGAUGCCCAUGUCUGCAGAUGUGCAGACCGUGCUCCUCCAGCUGCUCAAGUUCCAUGGGGCAACAGGGGAUGACGCAGCUUUGUCAGCCCCCAGCAGUCUUCUGGGUCUCCCAGACCUGCCCACUUCCACCACUGCCAGUCUCCCCGACUCAACACCUCCCUCACCCGGCGUGCCCGGUCCUGCUGCCCCAGAGAGCCCCGACAUCUCCGCCGAUUCCGGCCUGUGCUGCUCGGAACCUGUGGAGAGCCGGCGGUUCAUGGAGGAGCUGGAUUUCAAUGUUGGCGAGGAAGUACCCCGUCUGUCUCCGGGACUGGAUGUGGUCGGCAAGCGCUACUGGAGCAACAGCUUCCUGGUGGAUCUGGUCGCGGUGGCAGCACCUGUGCUACCGACGGUGGCCUGGCUGUAUUCGCGGCACGGCGUGGACGGGAUCGCUCCAGUGUACAACAUCGCCGCUCUCAUCAGGGGCUGUUGCAUCAUGGGAUUGCACUCUCUUCGUCACGUCACACACAGGCCGGAUGCGUAAAGGCUUCAACCCCGCAUGCACACGCCUGACCUUGAACUUAAAAGCACUUAAGUAUUUGCGAGAUUUAUUGCGCUUUCUGUUACACUCGGUAUUAAUGCAGUUAUUUUUGUUCUGACACUGUUACUUUGCACUGCACCAUGAGUUGAAGCAAAAUGGUGACAUGAAAGGGAUUAUUUAUAAAGAGGGUUAUUUAUAUAUUUUAUCAUUGACAUGUUAAAAACUGAUCAUCUGGGUAGAUGGUUGUGUUAUCAUUGUCGUGUGGUGUCCCGAGCUGUCCUUGUGUUUAAAAAAAAUAAAAAAUAAGAAAAAGAAAAAAAAUAUUAUUAAAAAGUUCUUUAUGUUCGGAUUAGAUUUUAGGGUGAAAGAUUGAAUUUCAGUUUCUAUUUGAUGGGUUUGGAAAGCCAACAGUUUUGAGUUACUGUUCUAAAGAAACCUUCAGCCAAAGCUUUAAUGUGAGUUCACUAAUGUUUUGUGAAGUGUGUGUAUAUAUGGUUUUUUUUUUUUUUUGUUUUUUGUUUUUUUUCCUCCCUGGGAGUAGAGCUUUAUUUGGUACAGCCUGUGUAUUGUUCAUAGAAAUAAACUGAUGCUUUAGCAAUUGACACUUGUUGUGUCUGAGCUAUGUGCAAUACUGGUAAUUUACAUCAAAUGUCCUUGUUUAUUUAUUAAUAAAGCAUGAUAAAUUCUG